AUGACUGAGGGUCUUGCCGUUGGAGUCUCUAAGGCGAUAGGUUCCCGAUCGGAGGAUGCCGAUGAUCUCGUAAGGUCCUUCCCAGGAAGGUCCGAGGGUUCCUUCCGUGGGGUUCUUAGUUGCCACCGAGACUUUUUGCAUAACCCAGUCCCCGAUUCGGAAAGAGCGGGAUCUGACUCUUGA